AUGGCGGCAAAGCAGGGCCAGGAGGCUAUGAAGAAAGCGCUUCAGAACGCCAGAGGUGCGGGUGCUGGAAUAGGAUUGAUUGCCGCAGCAGGAGUUGCUGUCUAUGGAAUUUCCCAAUCAAUGUUCACCGUGGAUGCUGGUCAUCGCGCUAUCAUGUUCAAUCGUAUCGGCGGACUUGCCAACGAUGUCUAUAAAGAGGGAUUGCAUUUUAGAAUUCCAUGGUUCCAGUAUCCUAUUAUAUAUGAUAUUCGUGCUCGACCAAAUCAAAUCCGUUCUCCUACUGGAAGCAAGGAUUUGCAAAUGGUUAAUAUCGGUCUCCGAGUUCUUUCUCGUCCGAACCCUGACCAGCUCGUGAGAAUGUACCGAACGCUCGGGCAGAACUGGGAAGAGAGAGUGUUACCAUCGAUCUGUAAUGAGGUGCUCAAAAGCGUAGUAGCAAAGUUCAACGCAUCACAGCUUAUCACUCAGCGUCAACAGGUGUCCAUGCUGGUUAGGAAAGCACUCAUCGAGCGGGCAUUGGACUUCAACAUCAUCCUCGACGACGUCUCUCUUACUGAAUUGGCCUUUUCCCCGCAAUACUCAGCUGCCGUAGAGGCGAAGCAGGUAGCAGCCCAAGAAGCUCAGCGCGCUUCUUUCUUAGUGGAGCGGGCUAAGCAACAACGUCAAGAGAAGAUUGUUCAAGCUGAAGGAGAAGCUGCAUCGGCUAAAAUGCUUGGUGAAGCUAUGAAGACGGACCCAGGUUUUCUGAAGUUGCGAAAGAUUCGAGCUGCUCAAACUAUUGCUCGAGUUGUUUCGGAAUCGAAUAGCAAUAAGGUUUACUUGCCUGCUGGUGGACUCAUGUUGAAUAUAGCCGAUGCUGAUUACAUGAAUAUUAAUAGCGAUAGCAAGAGAAGAUAA